UAUUUUGGAAACACUCAAAUAUUUAUUGGAAAACACAUUCAAAAUACUUAUUUGGUUCUAUGAAUACGUACAAAUUUAAAGAUAUGGACAUGAUUGCCCAUUAAAUAAAUAUAGUCAGUGUUUAGAACCUACACCUUCAAAAUAACAGUUCUUUGAAUGAGUCAUCAAGAUGUUGCAAACCCUAGGUUCGCUAGUGCUGGUGGGCGCGCUGUGGGGCGGCACGAACCCGGGGCUGCGGCGCGGCGCGCGGGGGCUGCGGGCCGUGCGCGGGGGCUCGCUGGCCGGCCAGGCCUGGGCUGAGGUCACCUACCUACUGGGCAACUGGCAGUACGUAUCCUGCUGGCUGCUGAACCAGCUGGGCUCGCUGGUGUACGUGCUGGCGCUGGGCGGCGCGCGGCUCAGCCUCGCAGUGCCGGCGGCCAACGGGCUGGCGCUCGCCUUCACCGCGGUCGUCGGCGCCGUGUUGGGCGAGGAGCGGCUUACUAGCAAAUCAAUAGUGGGAAUAGUGCUGAUUGUGCUAGGAACCACGCUGUGCUACACGGACAAAAUGGAGGCCGAGGGUGAAGUGUGAGUCUGACGAACAUUACACUAAUCAUGUAAUGAAUUAACACAUUUUGUCAUUCCAAAAUUUAAUUUGUUUGGUACCAUAGAAUAACCAGAUCGUUGGUACCUACAGUCCAUCUAUAACUAAAGAGUUAUUUUUAAGGACUUUGUCAUUAGUAAAUAUCGGCCCUUUGCUCCCCAGCGGAGAUUGGGAAUAAGUAAGUAAAUAGUAGGUACUUACAUGAAAAGUUACUAUUAAAAAUAUACAUCGAUUAAACAAAACACCGCAAAAACUCGACUUUAUAGAUGGAUUGAUUGUACCUACGUUUAGCCGAGUUAUGUAGAUUUUAAAGCUCACAUUUCACACAUGUCAAUUAUGAAGGAGAGUGGAAGUGUGAAAUUAUGUGUGUAUACCUAAUCAUUUAGCGUCGACAUUAAUUGAAAGAAAUCAGUAUUUUUGUUAAAUAAUGUAAUAUUAUUAUUAUAGGUGUAUGUAAGUACUUUGUUAUUUUAUACAUUGCUACGCUGACUUAAACAGUAAAUACCUAGUUAAGUACAUUUUCCAUCUAGGUAUUACUUAAUAAAAAAGAUAACAGGCACCACUCCUUAUCAACAGCAAAUGUAAAAAGAAACACUUCACUGUAAAUUAAUAUGCAACGUAAAUCAUGUUUUAUAUUAUAAAAAAGUGACUAGGUAGUUAGUAGAUAAACUAAAUUAUGGUGUUUUCUACAUUCUGCAAACUUAUUUUAAUCAAAUUUAAUGUAAUCUAUUCCAACACAGUCAGUCAUAAUACCUUCCAGGGUAGGCCAGGGUAGUUUUAUGUUAGGCACUGUAUUUGCAUUUCGUAUAUUUUGUAUUUGCACUGCAUAGAUCCAAACUCUGGGCGGUUAGCGUCUGGAGGUUAUUUAAUUAGUUUAUAACUACGGCGAACAAAUAGGAGUAGGUAUUAGGUAUGAUUGCAAUAUUUUACUGACACUGUUGACUGUAUAAAUAAUGUAUUAACUUUAGUAUUGAUUAAUUACUUUGCGAGUUUUACUCGCGCUUUAUGUAACCUACUAAAUAUGUUCUUAUGUUACAUAAUUUUACUUUAAAAUACUAGUUAUAAUACAGGUAUAAAUAGUAGAUGGCUUAAUUUUAAAUAAACCUAUUUUAAUACAAAAAUUGCACUCUA